AGACGAAAAGUGGGGUUAGGUGUAGUAAAGGGACAAGAGAGGAAGAAGGAAAGAGUAAAAGAGGAAGAAAGAAAAAGAGACGAGUUUUCUCAUAUUGUAAGUGGGGAUAGAAUCUUAGUGUGCAGCAGAAAGAACGUAUAGUUUUGCGUCUCCAACCAGGCUGUAUACGAUCGACAAGCGAGAUAGAGAGAAGACGUUAUAUGGUGUAUGCAAGAGAGAAGAAACGAAUUGACAACGCGAACGUUAGACAGAGAAGAAAAUAAAAGGGAGCAGCUUGCGGAACGGCAUGUCCUCGCGUGCUCGUGUCGUACAGAGUUUCUGAACGCAGCCAUUACGACACAACCGCUCUCGGUGACGCUUUGCUGCGGUAGAACCGUAUUCACGCGCGCAGUGGUCACGGAACAAUCGAAACUGGACACACGUGUUUUUGAAAAUACGAACGAAAUUUAAACAGUGUUACAUCAGUAACGAAGAAGAAUACGUCUAUUAACGUGAGAAACAAAUUUUUUAAAAGCUGUUUGUUUUGUGCGUGUACAGGGUGGCUUAAGGACGCCUUUUGACGCGCGGCGUCACGUCGCGCGGGUCAUUAAUAACCCAAGGGUGUCCAAUUUGAUUUGAUAAAUAGUCUGGUAAAUUCGCGAUUGAAGUAAAUCGCUUGAUUUCUUGUGAUAUCGAUUUGAGAGAAAAUUAUCAACCAUGUUUGAUGUAUUUGGAUCCGUAAAGGGACUGCUAAAGCUCGACAGCGUUUGCAUCGAUAAUAAUGUAUUCCGGCUGCACUACAAAGCGACGGUGAUCAUAUUAAUUGCUUUUUCAUUAUUGGUUACAUCCAGACAGUAUAUCGGAGAUCCCAUAGAUUGCAUCGUAGAUGAAAUACCACUUCAUGUAAUGGAUACAUACUGCUGGAUCUAUUCAACGUUUACAAUUCCUGAUCGAACCGGUGUCGUUGGCAAAGACAUGGUGCAACCAGGUGUUGCAUCUCACGUUGAGGGUGAAGACGAAAUCAAAUAUCAUAAAUAUUAUCAGUGGGUGUGCUUUACGCUCUUCUUCCAGGCAAUAUUGUUUUAUGUACCACGUUAUUUAUGGAAGACCUGGGAGGGUGGUAGAAUUAAGAUGCUAGUCCUGGAUUUAAAUUGUCCUGUAAUGAGUGAUGAAUUUAAAUCGGAAAGAAGAAAAUUAUUGGUCGAGUAUUUCGCGACGAAUUGGCAUACACAAAAUUUUUACGCAUUUCGUUUCUUCUUGUGCGAAGUGUUGAACUUCGUUAACGUAGUUGGCCAGAUCUAUUUCAUGGACUUUUUUUUGGAUGGCGAGUUUACCACUUAUGGCUCGGAUGUGGUUAAAUUCACGGAAAUGGAACCUGAAGAGAGGAUUGAUCCGAUGUCACGGGUAUUCCCUAAAGUUACCAAGUGUACAUUCCAUAAAUAUGGUGCGUCCGGUACAGUGCAGAAAUUCGAUGGUCUCUGCGUACUACCGUUGAACAUCGUCAAUGAGAAGAUUUACGUGUUUCUCUGGUUCUGGUUCAUCAUCCUAUCCGUAUUAAGCGGUUUAACUCUGGCCUAUCGUGCUGCAGUAAUAGCUGGUCCGAAGCUUCGCUUGGUGCUAUUGCGUGCACGUUCGCGCCUCUCAAAGCCAGAACAUAUUAAUACAAUCGCGGAAAUGUGUAUGAUCGGCGACUGGUUCGUUCUUUAUCAACUUGGCAAGAAUAUAGACCCGGUGGUAUAUCAACAACUCGUUGUGGAUCUCGUUACGAAACUUCAGGGCAAAGAAUCUGUUUAGUUUCGUUUGUUAUAUUCAUAGAAUACCUCUUUUUCUUUUCUUUUCUCGCUUCUUUGUUCUUUUAUUCGAUUCUUGAACAUUUAAUUAGUCGAGUUGUUCAUCAUUAUAGUUUACCGUAUUUUCAUUAUAGUUUAUUCAAAGAUUAAAGACCAUUUUGAAUUACGUUUACUUUUCAUAUAUGUAUAUUGCAUGUGUAAAAUAUGUACAUGCAUUCUUAUAUUUUUGAAAAAUUUUUCGUAAUUCAAUAUGGCGUACGUAUAAAAUGAAUUUUCCCUUCGAUCGUUAUAAGAAAAUUCGAUUGGAGGUAAAUUUUUGUAGUAAGAUAUAUCGAGCGAAGUGAAUGGAGAAAUUAAUAAUUCUUUAUUCUUUUUUCUCUCUCUCUUUUUCUCUCUCUAUCUCUCUUUUUUCAGCUAAACUACGUAUUUAUAAUCUUUACUAUAAUAUCAAAUUAGAAAUAUCAGUUUUUCAUUAUCAUUAUAAAAUUUCUCCGAAUUCUUUGACUUCAAAAAUAUUCUUAGAUUAUUUUUAUUUUUUUUUAAUAUUUAUUUUUUUUCAAUAUCAUAUUUUGUAACUAAAUUCAAUUUAGAUGAUAAUAAAAAACUAAAUAUAGUGCCAAAAAAUACACUAAGAUUUAUUCCGAGAUAUCACUAAAGAGGGGAAAACAUACAUGUUAUUUUUGCUUCUAUUUUUUAAAUGUAUUUUUUAUUUCAAAAAUACUUUCUUCGACCGAUAUCUCCCAAUAAAUCUGAAAGUAUUGGUAAUAAUAUAAACACGAUGGAAUGUAUAAAUAUGCAUAUCCAGCACGCGCAAGAUAGAGAGAGAAAGAGUUUAGUAUUAAAUUGCUCUGCAAAAAAGAAAGAUUACUCUUUCUUCAGAAAGAGACUUCGAUUGUGUGAUAUAAAAUGGGAGACGACGUUUUCAUUUCUUUUGCUUUCUCCCGACUUUUUUCUGCCAUCUCUCUUUUUUUUUUUAAUUUUUUUUCCAUUUCCUUGGAAUGGAUUACCUUCAAUUAUUUUUUGUUAUUUUUUUUUCUUGGAUGAAACAAUGCGAGAAGAAAAGUUGGGUGGUAGAUGUUGUCACGAAGUUGGUAAAAGUCCUUUUAUUGCUUCUCCACUUUAUUUGAGACACGUCGUCUUUCCAAAAAUAUAAUUUUGCAGCUUACCACUUAUUAUUAUUAUUUUUUUUUAUAUCGUAGGCGUAGAAGCGUACAUUUUGUACAUUAUAGAACAUCUUAUAAAAUAGAGAGUAUAAAACUUUAUUUUAUAUAUAUAUAUAUAUAAAUAUAUAAAUAUAUCUAUAUAUAUAGCAAUAAAAUGAAAUAAACGAGAAGAGAAAGAAAAGAGGAUAAGAAAGUGCGCGCAUACGAGAAAAAGAGAGAGAGAGAGAGGAGUGAAUGGGAUCGCGAGUGAGAGAGAGAAAGAUAGUCAGGCACAUAUAAUUUAGGAAAGAAAAAAAAAAUACUAUUUGAAAAUUUUCUUUAUCCAUUUUUUCAUUUACUUUUUUUCUAUUAAUAUUUUUGAUCUAUUAUUACAAUAAUUACAAUAUAUAUAUUAUAUUAUAUAUAUAUAUACAAUAUGCAUCGAGGGACCAAAAGAAAGAAAAGAAAAAGUGGCAAAAAAAAAUAUAUAUAUAAAAAGGAGGACACCCCUAGAUUUUUUUCUUUGUUAUUUCUUAGUAUUAUUUUUUAUUCGUCCAUAAUUUCUGUCUCAUUUUGCUGAAAUUAAAAAAAUUUAUUACAUAUUUAAAAUUAUUGUUAACUGCCGAAAUCAUUGUAAUACCGUCCUAUACCACAUGCAAUCUAGUUGAAAUUUUAAAGAUUACGAAAAGAUCUAUAUUAAGAAGAAAUAAAAGACAAUAAAAAUAUGUACGCUUAGCUCAUAAGAAUUUAGAAAAAGAAAUGUGCGCGAGUAUGAAUCGUUUUCGCGCCAAUAUUUUCAUUAUUAAAUAUAGAAAUAAUACAUUCUUUUUGAGAGAUUCAUGCUCAAAAUAAGACUGCCAAGUAAUCGAAACACUCCACAUCAUCGUGAUUCUUGUAUUUUAUAUCUAUUUAGGAUUGUACACGUGAAUAGAAUUUAGAACAUUUUCUUUGAUUAUAUUUGUUAUUAUAUAUAUAUAUAUAUAUAUAAUAAUAUAAUUUAUAAAUAUGUAUAUAUAUAUAUAUGUACACAUAUAUAUACAUAUUAUAUACUUCCUUCUCCCUGCUUCAUGCCAGUGUUUUUCCUUUUCGAUUUCAUUUAAUUCUAUUUGCAUAAUAAUUUCUUAGAGGUGUUUGUUCCUUAUCUUAUACUUUUUUAAUUUACUUCCAUUUAUUUUUUUUUUUUUUUAUAUCGAUAAUUUUAAUAUUAUAACCGAUAUCAUGAAUUUAAUCUUCUGGUUCUGAGAUGUUGAGAAUUUUUUUUCCAAGAAAAAAAAAUUUCUCAAAUUUUGUUUUCUUUUUUCUCUCUCCGAAUGAUUCUCUGUUGAACAUCGCGAAAUAAUCCACCGGAAGAGGAAGAAUCAAAAAAUGCUGAAAAGCAACAAUCUACUAGUAUCCCAGUGCCUUUGGAUGCAAUUUUCUAACCUAAUAUAACCUAAUAUAAUACGAAGUGUAUUCCAAAGGUUAUAAUUAACACGUUUCGUAUAAAUUUUUUUUAUUUAUCUAUGAUAGUCGAUUUAAAAUUAAAUUUUUUUAACAAUGUAAUAAACAUAUCAAUUAGAUAAAAUUAAAAAAAGAUUUAAAUAUCAAUAAAUCACUAAAAUUGUUGUUUUCCCUACUUUUGUUGCAAAAAAAAAAAAAUAAUAAACUUGCCGAUACCAUGAAACUUUUCUUUAUCAACAUGGAACGUGUUAAAUAUAAAAAUCCCUAAGAGAAAUAAAUAUCAAACUCUGAACUUAUACUAUAUGAUUACGAAAACCAAGGGAAAAAAUAAAAGUGCCUAUAUUCCGUAUGCAUUUUGGUGUAAUGAAUGAUGAAAUUACAUUCGUAUAUAGUGAUAGAGCGUCGGUGCAUUGUUCUAUUCUAAUGAAUGUCCAUGCUGCUUAGUGAAGAAACGUAAUAUACCUGUAAUCGUAUACAUGUACCUUGCGUGUACGUGCUUCCUCGCGCUUGUAGAAGCGAUAAGAUAAGAGAAACAAUUAUAUAUAAAGAAAAAAAAUAUAUAUAUUAUAUAUAUAUAUAGAAUUAUAAAAAGCCAGCUAGCCAGAUUUGCUGGAAUAACGAGUGAUAAUUGAUUAGUAAUGACAAUUGCCACAUUAUAUAUUUUUUUUCCCCCCUUAUUAUUAAUAUCCUAUUCUUUACUCGUUGAUAAUGAUAGUUAUUCUUUAUUAAAGCGUCUUGCGAAAAAAAUUGCAUUUUUAUGAAAUCGUUAUUAAAAGAAAGAGAGCGUAUAUUUUAGCUAUUUGCGUUUUCAUCAAUGCUUCUUGAACAUAAACAAUGUACUGCCAGAAUAUUCUAUAUAUUUUCAUAAGAAUGUUCUACAAAAUUCAACAAAUAAAACGUCAGCGAGUAA